AUGGCGAUGGGCGACCAAGAACGGGUUCAGACACGCGGUCUUGACCACGCGGUCUGGCCGACCGAGGUCCACGCUGUUCCCCUUCGUCCGCAAAUGGACUUCCCAAAAGGAACCCAGGCCAAUGAUAGCCGAUGUAGCGAUAUAUAUCGGGAUCAGGAGACCCGACCGUCGAAUGAAGCUCGUCCGCGGCGCCGAGAUGAAGCGCGAUCGCAGGGCCACGAGAAGGAACCUUUGGGCGAUCGACAGUAUGGCCUGUCAGAGACCUAUGGGAUGGGACCGAAAACGCAAAGGAUGGCAACGGUCAAUGGGCAGCGCGUUUGCGCGGAGGGCUACGGCGAGGAAGAGAAGGAACGGCUCAUGGACGUGCAGCCGGAGGCGGAGUUGCGACGCUUGAUGGGUUCUAAGGAUCUGGUCUUGGUGCUGGAGAUCUACUGCGCGCUGGCGCCCAAGGAACGCGUGGACCGGCACUCCUUGGGGCAGAUCAUCAAGGAGGAGCUCCAGACGUUGUUGUCGGAGUCGAAGAAGCGAGGGCGGGCUCGAGCACUUCGAGAGCUGAAGGAAAGAGAGCGACGCGUGCGCGGGGUUGACCUUUGGAUAGGCGCAGCAAUCCACGUGGCGAUCACCCACUCGAAUUGCUCGGCCGUCAACAUCGAGACCUUAGCGGAGAAAGACAAGAUGACGCGGGUCGCGCCGUCGACCGUCGACGGUCGCUUAGCACACGUCACCAUUAAUGCCAACGAGCGAUCUUGCAAUGCCAUGCGGCCAACAUGGCGACAGGUGAGCUUCUUUCUUCGGAUGGAGGAGCUGAAGACAGACCACCGCCAAGCGGUGGUCUUCGUGGUCGGUGGUGAGCAGCCCUUGGAGCUGGUCCGGAAGGUGUAUUUUCGAUGGAAGGAGAGCAGCCAAUCGACCUGGGAGCCACCAAAGCUCAUGGGACAAAAGCGUGCAGCCUGGCAAGACCGGUCGGCAUGGCAUGCCUGGAAGUUGCCUGAGCAGGUGAACCACUUGAGGGUGCUGAGGUUCGUGCUCUGGCAAAGAUGGGUUGGUUCGAUGCCAGCCUCACUGGACGAGGGCGCUCUCUACCCAGUAGGCUUGGAGAGCCGCUUCGCCUAUCUCUUUGACAGCCCGUCCGGAGGCCACAGGAGCAAUGCAGAUGCGGAUCGAACGGUGGCAACGGGUGGCAACGGGUGGCAACGGGUGGACGACUUCACUUUGGUUAAUUCGGCCUCAAAGAAGAAGGCCCUCGAAGUUGCGCGGGAAGCCAAUCUGGAGGUGCUGAACCAGCAUGGGCAGACGCUGAUGUUCGCCGCGGCGGGGCGGCCGAGCAGCAAGGGCGGCGCCGAGGAGAUUUGCCAGGUCUUAGAGGCCCGAGGACUGGAUCCCUCGGCUCGCGAUGUGUAUGAUCAGACCCCUCUCUUCGCUGCUGCCCAGGAGGGCAACCUCCAAUGUGCUUCAUGGCUGAUCUCGCAGGGCUGCCACGUGAACCACUCGGACUUGAGAGGACAAACGCCUCUCUGUAUCGCCUUCAGGCACAGUCAAAUGGAGAUGGUCCUGAAGCUCACCAAUGAACUUGGCGCCUCCAUGCACCCAAAGGACCUUCAUGGCCGUCGGCCGCCCUUCUUUGGCAACCCCAUCUUCCGCAAGGCCUUCAUCGCCAAGCGCAAGAACCAACCGGAGACGCCCUCGCCCAAGCGCCGGCGCCUCGAGCGCGAGGACUCCACGGCGCUCUGGAAGCGUUUCCGCGGGGACUUGGCGUAUCGCUGCCAGGGCCCAGAGGUCAUGCGUGAGUGGGCCUUCCUAGAUGAGGACGUUCCAGAUGACACAGUUCCCAAGAACUGUCAGGUCUGGGCUUCCAACAAUGAGUAUGAAGUGGUCGUCCCACCACCCGAAGCUACACCACGAAUUCGAGUGCUUGAGAGGGAGUUCCUGUUAGACCACGCCGACUACCUCGCCGGGUACGAGCUCUGCCGCGCCAUGUCGCCCGACGAGUGGGCGGACUUCAGCGGCGUGCCCGUCAACGAGCCAGACGCUCACAAGAUCAUUUGGAACCUCCUGAAGCCCGAAAAGUUCUCAGACGUGCUUCUCGUGGCGGUCGACAAGGCUUUUCGAGAGAUCCACGGUUAUAUCCACCUGCGAUUGGAGGAGCCAGCCAUGGAGGUCUGCUAUUUGAAGGUGCAACGUGAGAUGCAGCGGAAAGGUCUAGCGCGGAUGUUGAUUGAGGGCGGCAUCCAAUCCGCGCGCGCCAGGGGCUGGAAUUUUCAAGAGAUGUAUUUGAACGUGGCGUUGAAGAACAAUGCAAUCGGCUUCUACGAGAAGAUGGGCUUCAAGCCCGUCGGCCCGGCGCGGAAGCCGCGGUCCGUCUUUGCCGAGUGGACGACGAUGAGGAAGCCGACGCCGGCGCCCGUCGUGGCCGUCGCUGCGGCCGCGCCGGCCGCGCCCGCCGUGGACGUGGUGGAAGUGCCGCCCUGA